AUGAACUUUUUGUGUCUGCGUCUGCUAAUGUCUAGUGGCAGCAGAGUUCUGGAGAUGCCUCUCCAGAAGUCUGCUGCCACUACUGCGGAAGCUCCCGUGUCCUCGUCCUCUGUUGAAAUCCUAGUCUUCAUAAUCCCACGAAGUGCAGAACUCUCACAGACGUUAUUAAAGCCAACAGUUUCAGUCAUCGCCCCUCUUCCCUUUAUUGCGUCUCGUCAGUCUGUUCCUAAAGAACCGUGUAAGUCUCUCUUACCAUCUGGAGGUAAAUUGGAACCCGGUACAGUAACAAUUGUCCCAGACAGGACAGUUAUACUCAAGUCUAGUCACUUAGAUAUAUUGUUGGGGGCCAUGUCAGGAAUGCUUUUAGCUAUAAAUGAUUCCCAAGAGAAUUCGUCACAAGAUAACGUUAUCACAAAGAUAAGAUUUGACCGCAUCAUGAAAACGAAGGCGUAUGUGGCAGGUGGAUUUAGUCUGGUUGUGUUCCUACUCUGGCUUGGAGUGUGGGUUAUACCAGUCGACAAAUUCCACACCGUCUCUAUAAAUGCGUUGCCGCCACUGACAGACAGACCUGAGAUACAGCUCAACACCGGUCGUAUCCGCGGAGUUAAGGAAGAGGUGGACAAGGGAAGAUUCGUCUAUCUCUUCAGGGGAAUUCCUUAUGCCAAGCCACCAGUAGGAGAGCUCAGGUUCAAGGCUCCGGUGGCACCCGAGUCAUGGACUGGAGUGAGAGAAUGUUCCAAGUGGGCUCCUGUAUGUCCUCAGGACACGUAUGGGAGUGAAGAUUGUCUCUACCUCAACGUUUUCACACCGUAUUACCAGGAUAGGAAAAGUAAGUUGCCAGUAAUUGUGUACAUCCAUGGAGGAUCUUUCUUAGCAGGAGGAACUUCUGGAUUUGGGCACUUGCCUCUCCUCACUCAGGAUGUGGUGCUCGUCACAUUGCAGUACCGGCUGGGAGUCCUUGGUUUUCUGUCGACGGAAGACCAAGUGCUGCCGGGAAACCUGGGUCUCCAGGACCAGCUUCUCGCCCUCGUCUGGGUCAGGGACAACAUCGCUCGCUUCGGUGGUGACAGCGAGAAAGUGACUAUCCUUGGUAGCAGUGCUGGAGCUGCCUCGGUACAUCUCUUGAUGUUCAACCCUCACGCUAAAGGACUGUUCUCACAAGUCAUCAUGCAGUCUGGGAGUGCCUUCGACCCCUGGGUAGUCAGAAAAGACCACAAGUUUGUGGCUUUUAGCAUCGGACGUAUGAUGGGAUGCCAGACCCCAGACGUCAUCUCUGAGAGCAAUGAUAGUGACAGCGAGGCUCUGCUGAAGUGUCUCAAGAAUGUAUCGCUGAACGCCCUUGUACCGGCCUUCCUCAACUUUUGCGUUUGGAAUGGGCUUCCGUGGGUGGCAGUACCUCGGGUUGACCAUGACUACCUGCCUGACGAUCCUGCCAAGCUCCUACGAGAAGGAAGGUUCCAUAAGGUACCCAUGAUCAGCGGUGUCAACCAGCAUGAAGGCAUAUUUGUAACUAGAGCCAUCACCAACUCGCAGAAAGUACGGGAUGAACUGAUUCAUAAGUUCCAGGAGGUGGGGCCGAAAGCGGCGCUGCUGUUCCAGGAUGGGAGGCGGUCACUCACACUGGCCAGACUCGCCUUCCAGCACUACGUCGGGGAGUAGGCCGACCCAGACGACAGUGAAGCUCUCGAAAAGUUAUUCGGUGAUCGUUUCUUUAACAUUGGUCACGACGAGACUUGGUUGUCCACCAGUAAGCAGCAGCAGCAGCCAGUCUUCACCUAUAUGUUUAAACACCAUUACCAAGGCAGUACUUAUGUUACCCACAGCAGUGAGACGCAUUAUGUCUUUUGGAGCCCUGAGGGCCCAUCAUUCCCCAAGAAAAGUGACGAGGCUCGAGUCAGUUUAUUAAUUAGCAAGCUCUGGGCCAAUUUCGCUGCCACUGGGGACCCAACACCAGAUGACUCCUUAGGCUUCAAGUGGCUUCCUGCUUCUCCCAAGAACACCCACCAUCUUGCUAUUAACACCACGCCAACCAUGGAGAGUGACACCAGAGCUGAGGCUCGUCAGUUCUGGUUCUCACUGCCUACAAGGCACAACAAACUUCUUUACCCAGAGAGGAAAGAACAGUACCUCACUUUCUUUGACGACCUUAAGAACACUCCCAGCAACAAGCUGUGAGGGAGACAGAACACAACAUCAAGAACACUUCCAGAAACAAGCUGAGGGAGACAGAACACAACCUCAAGAACACUCCCAGCAACAAGAGAACACGACCUCCUUAACACAGCAGCCAGCUGUUAGUCAACAAGGUUAACAUAUGCAAAUCAAACCAUAAAGUGACUAUAAAAUUAAUUUUCAUGAAAAUAUUGGUGCUGGGAAUACAUAUACAUAUUUUUACUGUAAAGAAAUUAUCUUUACUUGUGAGGGGCUUUUGAUCCAAGGAAUUACAUUUCACAGCCCCUCCCUUGGACUGAACCUGGUUUACUUCACAUUCCCCAAGCUCUGUAUGACCCCUUACAGCUUUAGCUCUUCCCCUUAAUAUAAUUGUAAUUAUUAUUAUAAUCAAAACUAAGUGCUAAACCCAUAGGGAUUUAGCACUUAGUUUUGAUUAUAAUAAUAAUUACAAUUUGUAAAAACUGCAACAUUGACACUGGUGAUAAAAAAAAGUAAGCCAAUGUCAGUAAAGUAAUAAUAAUAAUAUAAUCAGAACUAAGCACUAAACCUACAAGGGUCAUCAGUACAGUAAGAACAAUUAUAGUGAACAAACUAAUCCAACAUUAAGGUAUAUAAUAAUGAACAGAAAACUCCAGCAAUGAAAGUUCAGUGAACAAACAGCUAGAGCAACAAGCAGUACUGCUCAAUGGAACUCAAACAAUAACCUACACAACAGACUUAUCCAGAGGCAAAUUACAUGACAAAAAUCUCUCCAGUCCACUGUAAAACUAACAUUAACUGCCAAAAAAAAAAAUCGAAUGCUGGCUGGAGAAGAAAUAUUUUGCUGCGAAAUUUCAUGGAUCCCUUGUAAUAACAGUUCAUCCCCUUUCCUGUCCUCCGAGGGGUCCGCAACCCACAUUUUGGGAACCAAUGCUCUGAUGAAUAGAAUGGGAUGGAUGUGCUGCUAGAUGAAUGGGUUUGUAGCAUUACCUGCCUUAGAUAGUUGUGGUGGCGAGUCUUCGUAGGUGGUGGAUGGCAGUGAGAGUUCCAAACCUAUGCAUGCACACCUAAAUGUCACCCAUCUCUGUAAAAACAUGUGCCAUGCUGAAAUAAAUAACCUUUAAUCUGGUAAUGCUGAUGACUAAUAUAAAAAAAUAUAUUUGAAAUUAGAAGUCAGGUAGAGGCACGACACCCACACACAUAAAUCAGACUUUUCAUUAUGAAUAAUGGACUUUAGAUAACUGUGUGUAUGUGUGUGUUCCUACCUAUUUGUGGUUGCAGGGGUUGAUCCACAGCUUCUGGCCCCAUUGUGUAUGUGUGUGUGAUGCAAAUGAAAUUUGGUGUUGCAUAGGUCUUUCAUAUUUAAUGCAGCAUGUCAUGACAGGCAUAUCCUAGUCUAUGGCCACUACUAAUAGUUACGUUAACAGCAGGUGAAGGGAUCCAAGGAGUUGGUCUUUCUUCCUUGGAUUGAAUCUAAAAGCCUCUCAUUCCCCAGGCACUAUAUAACCCACAUGCAUUUAACACUUGCUCCUCAAUAAAAGCAACAGGAUCUCUUUCACUACACUGAUAAAUAAGAUAGUCACCUUUCCUUCGUUAAUUGUUUUACCUCCCAUAAUUGAGCAAGAUGUGCAGGUUGUCAGCCCUAAGGAUAGAUGUAAUCAACUGUAAUGAAAAUCUUUGUGCUGCUAAUUAAUCAUUAAUAGGUUUAGUAUUUCUUUUUAUUAUAAUAAUAAUUACUUUCAUAGGUAGAAUUUCAUUUUGUGUAAUUAUCUCAGGCUGGUAUAUGAAACCUGAUCUAGUCAAUAGUAUUGUUAUAUGUGGAUCAAGACAUUUAUGUACAGUUCAGGACAUUUAUUAGAGGAAAUGUUUCACCACAAGUGACUUCUUCAGUAUUGUUAUAGCUGUUAACCUACAUUAAUAAAGAGAUAAUGGAUAUCAGUGAUGUCAUUAACCAUGUAAAAUUCAAAGAAUGCAAGCCAGAUAUGCAGUGCCUUUAUCUAACAGCAUUAGUUAUGUAGUUAGAGGUAAAGUUGUUUGUGAGACAAGAAUGGCUUGUGGUGCCCAAGACAACCAAUUCAAAAUGCUGGAGGUAGGUGACCAAGGGUGUAAUAAUUUCUACUGCCAAAAGAAUUUUUAAUUUUAAAGCUAACAGAUGCACAUGUACACAUAUUAGAAAUGGUUUAUAUGUAUAUACGUAUAUAUAUAUAACUCUUACCUCUCACAGAAAGCCAUUAUAGUUACAACUGAUGGGCAAACUCGGUGGGACUUUAAAAUAUGUCAAGGUAACAAUGAUUUCUAAAGCUAGGCUUCAGCUAAAUGUUUUGUUCAAGGGAUUUCUGUCUUUCUUCGUAUGAAAGAUUUGAGCUUCUAGAAUGUACGUUGAGGUAUGCGAGGCUGAGAUAUAAAUAUGGUUCUGAGGACAUCCCUUCAAGAAAGAACGCAAAAUAACCGAUUCAAAUUGAAAAAGGGAAAAGGUAAUGCUUGAGCCACUCGACAAACAAGGCCUCACUCAUCCAUACUGUCUUGUUUGGCCAUGGAAUUUUCUAAGUGGAAUUCAUAUGUUGUGUUUAUUUUUCCCCAAAUUUAUAGCCCCUCAAGGGAGGUUCCUUGACACUGGUGAGGGGCUCUUGAUCUAGGGAAUUGGAUCUGUACUCAGGUUCCCUGAAUUGAGCCUGAAUACCUCCCAUCCACCCUGACGUGCUGUAUAAUUAUAAUCCCAAAAUUAAUGGCACGUUAUGGUGUGCAGGACCGGAUUUUUCCCAUGUAAAAUGAUAAUGGUAAACAAAAUUUCAUUAU